AUGAUAAGAUUAAAAGCUGUAAGCGCUGAGGGGCUUCAUGUGGUGAGGCGGGAAGGAGGGGGGGGUAGCCUCGAGGAAGGUGUAGAAAGAGAGCAUCGGGAUUCGGGGCCACAUCAUUCUCAUCGGCUCGUCGAGUUAUGUGCAAUAGAAGAAAGGUAUAUGGUUUGUGACUUCCGCAAGAUUCACAUCAUGGUGAUGCACUAUGAACAAGUGUCACUUAAGGUAUCAUCAGUACAGACCUGCGGUGCGGCUGGCGGGUUCAAAUGA